CAAACCCUAACAUUUCUCCUUCUCUCUCUUUCGGCAUUUCCUUCUGCUUCUCUCUUUACAUUCAUUAUCGUCAUGAAAAGUAACUCGGAGCAACUCGCUGAUUCGCCGAGUCUCUCCGCUACCGAGUUUCACAAGGCCUGGCACAUUUUUUCUCUCCUAGUCUUCAUCGGCAAGCCCGCCUCUCUCCCGGAUCUCGCUUCUCAAUGUACUCUCUUUCCGGCAAGCCCGGCUAUCAUCGCCUCCCUCUGUUCCAUCCCGCACUCUCCCAUCUCUCUCUUAAGCAACAAGCAUUUCGUCGCUAUUUCUUCAAUAGGCCUUUCCUUUUUGGCCGCUUACAUAGCCCCGAUUUUCACUGUUGCCAAUUUUUUCGCGUCGCACCCGAUUCUAUUCGGUGUUCCUCAGAAGAUAUGGUUUGGCAAGAGGAAGCGAGACGCAGUAUGUUUUGUGGAGGACGAGGAGAGGGAGUUGGUUCAUUCGGUGAAGAGAAGUCGGAAUUAUUUCACGAAGGUACAUUACAAUCUAACUGAUGAUAUCAGCAAAAUUUUAGAAUUAAGCAACCCAUCGUUCUGGGUAAAUAAUAUUGUUCCGAACCCCUACUUCUUCGCCAAACCAAUUGCUAGGCAAUUAUGUUGUGAAGUGGAGGGCAUUAAAAAUGCAGAAAUCGAAAUGAAUAUGGAAGACAAUACGGGGAGAAAUGCCAGCGCAGAAUUGGUAGCUAGUGAGACUGAAAUCAAAGAUUCUACAGCAAACCCAGUAUACUAUCCACAAUGCGAUGGGCAUAGCAAUAUUUCUGUAGCGGUGGGUGCAAAAUUACAUAUGGACGAUACUGCAACAUAUUUUAUAACUGCAGACAAUAACGAAGCUGCUAAGGGCAGCAAGAAAGAGGAGAAACUUGAUUUGGCAAGUAAAGGAAAAGAACUAGAUCUUUCUCCAUCAUUUGACAUUAACCUUUCCAAUUUACCACCUGGAAGAGAUUUGGAAACGCUUGAUGAGGGUAAAUGCAACCAUAAGAUGCCAUCACUACGAGUGGUGGAAUACCCCACCCCUCCAGCAGGUCCUAGUGUUAUGCAUUCCGUUGCCAAUCCUUUUGUUUUAAAGGAUCGGCUGUCAGAACCUUUGGAGAAGGCAAAGACUAAUCAGAGGAAUAGGGUGACUCCAGUAAGGCAAAACCCAAGUAAUUCUUUAGGUCGUACCAAGGUUGUUAAUACUUACAGAAGAAAGCAGCAUGGUGAAAGAGAUAAUUUAUUAGUCCAUGUUGUACAGAAAUCAACUCAGAAUCAGAAAGACAUGCAUGUUGAAGAAAGAAGGGAAAACUCUGCCUGCGUUUCUUCUCAGGAUCAGGCAAAACCAAAGGUAUUGCCUCAGUUUGAAUCUUAUAUUGUAGAAGAGGAAGAAGGGUCAGGUGGUUAUGGCACUGUAUACAGGGCAAGAAGGAAGGAUGAUGGGGCUUUAGUUGCCAUUAAAUGUCCUCAUGCCAGUGCACAUAAGAACUAUGUUAGCAAUGAGUUGAAAAUGUUGGAGCGUUUUGGGGGUAGAAACUUUGUAAUAAGAUAUGAAGGAUGCAUUAAGAGUGCAAAUUCUGAUUGCUUUGUUCUACAGUAUGUUGAGCAUGAUAGACCUGAGAUGUUGAAAAAAGAAAUUGAUGUUUUUCAGUUACAGUGGUAUGCUUAUUGCUUGUUUAAAGGCCUUGCAAAUCUUCAUAAACAGGGAAUAGUUCACAGAGACGUGAAACCUGGAAACUUUCUUUUCAGUUGUAAGACCAAUAAAGGUUAUCUUAUCGAUUUCAAUCUUGCCAUGGACCUGCAUCAAAAGUCCAGGAGUGUGGACAAAUCAAAGAUGGGAUAUGAUUUAAGUUUACAUCAUAACAGCGUUCCUGCCAAAGUCAUUCAUCCUGCAAAUAGCAGCAAGUUUUUAAAUGCCAAGUCAAGGGAGGGGAUCAAUAUAGAGAUGACAAAAGGCUCCAGGUUAACAUUAGAACCUAAGAACAUGAAGAAGGCAACAGACAAAAGGAAGGCUCAUAAUGAUGUAUGUAGCUGGAAUAAAAUCAAUAGUCAGGGUGCAGAUGGCUCAGGCAUCACCUCAGCAAAGGAUGUAAGUGCAAGGACUCCUUCAGCAGAAAGGGUCAGAGAACCUUUGCCAUGCCAAGGUAGGAAAGAGCUCAUCAGCUUGGCACAGGAAGCAAUGCAGCAUCCAAAUCAUGGAGUGUCACGUGUUCCAGCUGCCAUGAGAAAGCGAGUUGCUGCUUCUCCUGGAAAAGUGGAUAGACAGGUUCUUCAUCCUACUCCAAUGCCAUUGAACUCAAUUAGCUUUGCUAUUUCUGGAGAUGGCUUUACCAAGAACAAAGGGGAUGGAAAACAUAAGAGAGAAGGUCCAUGUGCUGGAACAAAAGGCUUCCGAGCUCCAGAGGUCUUAUUUAGAUCUCAACAUCAAGGUUCAAAGAUUGACAUCUGGUCUGCCGGGGUCACUUUGCUCUACUUAAUGAUUGGGAAAUCACCCUUUUUUGGCGAUCCUGAACAGAACAUAAAGGAUAUUGCAAAGCUGAGAGGGAGUGAAGAUCUUUGGGAAGUUGCUAAGUUGCAUAAUCGUGAAUGCUCAUUCCCUGAGGACCUCUAUGGGAAACAGUAUUUGACAUCUAUGAGCCUACGGGAGUGGUGCCAAAUGAAUACCAAACGACGAGACUUCCUCAAGGAGAUACCAAGCUCACUUUACGAUCUUGUAGACAAGUGCUUAACAGUGAACCCAAGAGUAAGAAUUACAGCAGAGGAUGCUCUGAAGCAUGAAUUCUUGGCUUCAAUACACGAAAACUUGAGAAAGCAAAGAGCUUUCAAGCAGGGGCUCAGCUCUAACUCCGGGACCAACAGCAGCAACAAUCUUUUGUUGGGAGAAAGGAUCAGUAAAUCUUUAAAGGUUUCUCUUUAAAAAGCCUGAUCAACUUGCAGUUUUUGGGAUCUAUUCUGCUGUAAAUGUAAAUGCAGUAACACAUGCGCUUACAUUUGUCAAUGUUGUAACCAAAGGUGGGGGGGGGGGGGAAUAGAUACUUAACCUAUUCCUUACGUUAAACUUGAACCUUUCACUACGCGAAGAAUUAAGCUGUAAAAAAAGUUUGUGAUUCUUUUUGGUCGGAUUCUUUGUUUGGCAUGGAAGGGGUAGAUGGUGUAGAUAUUUGUAAAGAAACGAUUACGUGAUAGUCCAUGAGAGAUACAACUACACUAUCAGUAGGAGAAGGUUCAUGUGCAAUUACUGUAUUUCUUAUUAAAUCUUUUAGUUAAUGAAAUUAGGUGUCAUAGUGACAUGGCAAUAUCCUAUUUGUACA